UUCGUUCUGCACCACAUCACUAUAAGAAAUAUCAAAAUGGCGUCGAAAAGAUAAAAAUAUUUUUUCCAACAUUGAGGAUUCAGUGAAUUUUAUCUGAAAGAAAUUAACGCCUUUUUAGUAUUACGUAGAGGAGGACUGUAGUUUAUAUUCAUCUUAAUGUAUAUGUACUGUAAAAUAAGGCAAUACAAUGUGGCACGAAGCAAGAAAACAAGAGCGAAUGAUCCGAGGGAUGAUUGUUGACUAUCGGCGAAGGGCGGAGCGCCGAAAGGAUUUUUACGAAAAGAUUAAAGCAGAGCCGACGCAGUUCCUUCAGCUACACGGACGACCAUGCAAAGUACACUUGGAUCCGGCAAUCGCUGCCGCAGGAGAAGGCCCUGCUAUCAUGAUGCCAUGGCAGGGAGAUACCAACAACAUGAUAGACCGUUUUGAUGUCCGUGCCCACUUGGACUACAUACCUGAAGUGAGGAACCCUGACAUACCACCUGAAGAGCUCAGUCCAGAAGAAAGACAGUGCAACUAUGAGAGAUACAGGAUCCUCGCUCAGAAUGUCUUUCUUGGAAUAAGUGAAGACAAGUUCCUACAACAGCUGGCUAUAGAAGAACAGUUUGGAGUUACCAUAGAAGAAAAAGAGCAACAAAAAGAAAAGCUGCAUGAAAAGAAGGGAACCGGUGCUGCUAUAGGAUACAAUUAUAAUGACCCAGGAGCACAACCUUCUGGUUCUAACGGACCAGAGACUAAAAAAGUGGAACAAAAAGAUUCGGACGAUGAUUCAGAUCUGGAAAUAAUUGAUGUCGACUUGAGCAUUGAUGUGAACAAAAUGGAGGCUUCACAGGCUCACGAGUUGAACGGCGUGGGACCGCAGUUCGGGAUGGCUGGCUGCGAUCUCUUCUCGUUCCUGACGGGCGACGCGGAUGAUGCCGAACAUCAAAAACAGCUGUUGCGAGAAGAGAAGGAGAAGGCUAUGUUCUCUGGCAGAAAGAGUAGGAGAGAGAGACGGGCGCAUCGUGACAAGAAGCUCGCGACGCGGGUAGUGAGUCCGCCGAGUUACGCGGCGCCGUCGUCGAUGCCGGCUCGCUCGCCCAGUCGCUCGCCCAGUAGGAGCCCUUCGCCUGAUGCGGGAGAGAAUAUACAGUUCAUCACGUCUUUUGGAGGAGAGGAAGAAGAGAAACCUUCAACGGUGGCCAAACCAUUGUAUGCAGAUAAAGUUAAACAAAAUCUGAAGAUGUUAUACGCUGAUGUAGCACGCAAACCUCGGGGCCGACAACCAUCACCGCACGAUCGUCGCUUCCGUCAAAUAGGGCCGAGGGGACCCAACUCAAGGUCGAGGUCGUUCUCGCGAUCCCGAUCUCGAUCGCGGUCGAGGUCACGGUCAAGGUCGCGCUCUUGGCGGAAAUCCCGUUCCAAGUCGUCCCGAUCUCGAUCCCUGUCUUCGUCUCGCUCAAGGUCAUACAGCCCCUACAGACGGACUAGGUCAAGGUCCAGAUCACGUAAUCGUAGAAACAGAUAUUCUCGAAGCCCAGCAAAUCAUGCUAGUGGCUAUGCCAAGCGUAUUAACUCCAGGUCGAUGUCGUUUGAAAGCGGAGAUAAGGGUGGUCAGAGCAAGCCGGCAGUGCCGCGGUACUACGGGCGGCGCAAGGAGGACCACUCCUCCAGUGAACUGUCCAUAGACUCCGAUUCCAGUGAAUCUGAUGACGACGCGAAAAACAAAAUGGCGGUGGGCAAUAAAUCCAAUACAAACCAGAAUCAGUUACGAUUGUCUGGAUCCAGCUCCAAAGGACCAUCGCGUGAAACACUUUCUCUGAAGGAAAAACUCAAGAGGAAAAUGCAGGCACAAUUAUCAAGGCAGCUCCGCGCGGAUAAGCGAGCGGAGGCGGAGCGGCAGGAGCGCGAGAGCCGGCGCCAGGCGCGGCGCGACGAGGAGAUGAGGGAACUCGCCAUCAAACUGAGGCGCAAGCAACGCGAAAUGCGGCACCAGCAGAAUAGAAGAUCGAGCGAAGAUGAUUCUGAUAGGAGUCGUAGUCGGUCGUCUUCAAGGGAAUCCCUAUCAAACGACAAGAAAAGGGAUGACAAAAGUAAAUCGCGGAGCAUUUCGCCGCCACCUCGCAUACCAGUGUGGGAAACUUCCAAAGAGUCCACAUCAACUUCACAGAGAUCUAGACCAUCAGAAUACGGAGAAAACUCACACUAUACAGACAGAAGACGUUACCAAGAACCUGAUGCAAAAGAAGACAGAAGAAAUGACGAUGAAAGACCCCCACACUAUUCUAAUAGAUACGAUAAGUAUCAGAAUCGCGAACAAGGGCCUAGGUAUGACAACUAUAGCCGGUAUGACAAUCAGAGUUAUAGCGGUGAAGGCAGGUGGAAAGAGGAAAGCUAUCCUCCCGGGAGGAGGAGGCCAUAUGGACAUAGGGGAGGGUACAAAGGUCAUGGGUUUAGGCACAGUGAACACGGAAGUCCUUCACAGGAUUACGACAGAGAAUCCUCAGAUGUCUACACAAGGAGCAAAGUCAAACUUGUAGAUUAUUAGAUAGACGGUAUUCAAAUGCGUUAAUGCCAAAAUAGGUAAAUCUAUGUAGGUAUUCAAAUGUUAGCUGUGUAGGAUGUUAUGUAGACGUUUACUUUCAACAUAUCUUAGUUAAGUUCGUAGGGAAUAAAUACCAUUUGUUUUUAUGGAUUUUUGUUACACCCUAAAUUAAUUGUCGAGUAUUUAUGGCAACUGUUUUGCAAUAAGUAGUUAUACGUUUUUGUAAUUCUUGUCGUUUUUAUUUGAUUCCAAUAAUAUCUUAUUGGCCUUAUUUUCGUUAAUUGACGUAUGGUAUUUAUUGUCACUGUCCCUAUUUCUACAAAAUAAACUGUAUAUUUGUAUUUUAACACUUAUCUGGUUUGUGUAGCAGCUCUUCCCAUUUGUAUACUAAUUUUACCCUAAUAAAAUGAUGUAUUGCACUA